AUGCUGCGCCAGUUAUUCGUCGCGGUCCUGUGCGUCUCCACCGCUGCCUCUUUCGUCGAGGUCCCUUCUUUCCCGUCCGCGCCCGACGAGGCGGAGCGCUGCCACUGCGAUGCCGGCUGCGCGGAGCGCGGCGACUGCUGCGACGCCGCCGUCACGCUGUGCUUCGACGCUCGCCGGCUCGACGUCGCUGCCAACAACUCGACCGCGCCGGCGGACGCUCCCAGCAGCUCGCCCAUGGACAGCAAUGCGAGCCAGCCCGAGCUCGCCGCGCCGCCGCAAAAGCCGCACGCGGAGCAUGAGCACGAGGCGGCCGCGGGGAACGGGAGCAAGCACGAUCAGCACGCUGCGGUGGCGGCCCGCAAGCCGCACGCGCACGACGAGCGCGAGGCCGAGAAGGAUGGCAAGGGUGGCGACAAGGGCGCUGAGAAGGCCGACAAGGCCGACAAGGGGCGGGAGGCCAAGGCCGACAAGGCCAAGGGCGCCAAGGAGAAGAAGGAGAGGAGCAAGCCGGCGGCGGCGGAGAGCUCGGACAGGGGGAAGGGGAAGGGGAAGGCCGAGCCGGCGAGCAGAGAAGGCAGAAAGGGCAAGGACCGGAGCCUGCUCCUCCUCGGCUGCACGCUGCUCUUCCUCGUCCCGAUCAGCGUCUCGCUCGCGAUGGUGAUGCGCGCGCGCGGCUGCUGCGGGACGCGCUUCUCGAGGCUCGCACGCGACGAGCCGAACGGCAGCGCUGGGCCGAGCCGGCUGACGCCCGUCACCGAGGAGCAGGCGCUCGAGAUGAUCGAGGCGCCGCGGUGA